AUGUCCUUUAUUCCUGUUACACCUGAUUUGAUGGCCCAGAAGAAACGUAAACGUCUCAGGUUACGUUUUGGCAAGUUCACAAAUGUAAAGACCAACAUGGCCAUGGGUCGGACCACAACACUGGGUUUGGUCGAAGGCAACUCAACAAAUACUGUCAACACAGUCGAAGUGGAGGACACUGAGUUCAGCAGCAGCAAUGUGGAUAGUAAAAGUCGUGCCGGCAUUGAGGUGACCAAUGCUGCAGGCAGCCACAUCACCGCCGCCGCCGCUGCCUCCGCCACCCACAUUCACAGCCAUAGUCAUGCUGUCGUAGCGACAUCAUCAGCGCCUGUAGCAGCUACUGCCAACACCAAUACCAAUUUAAAUAAUACCGAAGAGAUUGCUACAGAAUCGUCAUCAUCCACGCAAAUUGCCACUGUAUCCCACCUGGUAGCUUUAGCUAAUCAACAACGCAAUGCCUCAGCGAAAACUCAACAGCAACAACAAACGUCAUCAUCAUUAUCCGCGUCAAGCAAAUGUCUAACACAACCGGUGACAGUGGUGGAAAAUCCGCUGGAGCCACUUAAAACGACAGCCUCAACACCUACAGAUGCCGUGAAUGUUGCGACAGUGUCGGCCAAUGGCAUGUCCUCAACUGUGGUCCACAACAAUAGCCAUCAUCAGCAAGUUCAUGCCACCGAAGUGCUGGCGGAUCCACAGUUGCAACAACAAUUGGAACAAGUACAACAGCAAACACAAAACGAAGUUCCAACCUCGGUUCAAGCAACGGUUGCGGCUGCCAUUCAAUCAGCGGGGACAGCGACGACAGCCGCCGCAACAACAACUGCAACAUCAGCCACAACGGCUAAUAAAACGAUGGUGGGGGGAGGUGGUGGUGCUGGCACCAGUGCCUCCAAUGCCACAACCAUCACCUCCAUAUCAGCCUUAUCACCGCAAACACCAAACGCCGCCACACCAUCUGGGCCCGUGGCACCACAUACCUCGCAUACAACACCGGCUUCCGUCUCAGCUUCCAGUCAACAGGUGACACCCAUACCACGACCCAAAAACCCCCAACAACAAUUGUCCAGCAUAGCCAAUCCCAUGCAUAAGGUCACCAAACGGAAAGAAACUCUUGAAGCGAAACGAGAACGCAAAGCCGCCAAAACGUUGGCCAUCAUAACGGGUGCCUUUGUCGUCUGUUGGCUGCCGUUCUUUGUGAUGGCCCUGCUGCUGCCGCUGUGCGAAGCCUGUGAAAUAAACGAUGGCAUAGCUUCGCUGUUCCUUUGGCUGGGCUAUUUUAAUUCGACGCUGAAUCCCGUCAUCUACACAAUCUUUAGUCCGGAAUUUCGGCAGGCCUUUAAGCGAAUCCUGUUUGGUGGCCACAGACCGGUUCAUUAUCGCAGCGGUAAAUUAUAAGAAUAGAUGGCGCAGCAAACCAGCCAGUUAAAGAUACCUCUAAAGGACCACAAAUGAAAUGAUUUUUUUCUCCCCACAAUCUUGCAAUAAAAUACCCGUGUUAUACCUAUGAGAAAACUCCAGUUUAACUACAAAAAUAAACAGCAAAAACAACAACAACAA